UUCACCCAUCCACAAAGCUCACAAACACACACCAGCACCGGACCUUUACUUACAGACUGCCAUUGCGCCCACCGACGAUCCAACCGCCGCGCGUCGCCGCCCGAAUGUGCCAUUGUCAACAGCAACGAGACCCAUCAUGAGCGGCCGUUUCCGCAUCAGCGGGGGCAGCAGCGGCCUCCCGCGCCCCGGCUCCUCGAUGCGCGAGUCUCGCGUGUCCAACUUCCGCGCCAGCGCCGCCGCCACCGCUCAGCACCAGCACCAGCAGCCCGCGUACGACUUCCUGACGGGCGCCGAACAUGGCGGCCGGCCAUCGUCGCGCCAGUCCUCCGUGCAGCGCCGCUCCUCGCUCGAGAGCUCCAAGGAGAACCUCGCGCCGCCCGACGCGGAGCAGUACGAGACCCAGCGCAAGCGCAUAGAGGAGCUCAAGGCCGAGCUCGCGACGAUGCGAUACAAGAUGGAGAACUACGAGCAGGAGAAGGAGAUGGCGGCGCUGCAGCACGACAACGAGCUGCGCGACGCCCGGCGCAAGGCCGACGAGGACUUCAAGCGCAAGCAAGAGGCGGAGGGGGACAAGGGCCGCGCGCAGCGACAGUUUGAGAGCAUGCAGAAUGAGUUCCAGGAGCUCCGCGAGAACGCUGCCCAAGAGAAGCUCUCGCUCGAGAAGAAAGCCAGGGAGGCGGAAGACGAAUCGCGCCUGCUGCGAGAGCAGAUUGAAGACCUGUCCGCCGCGAAGGAAGAGAGCGAGCGUCUCGGCGAGAAGAAGAUCAACGAUCUCGAGGCGCUCAUUGCGAACCUACGGCAAAACGUGCAAGAGCUGGAGCAGCACAGCCAGGCGGGGGAGAUGCAGAUGCAGCAACUGCAGGAACAGCUUGUUGAAAAGGACAGGGCCAUGGGCGACCUCGAAGCCGACGUGCUGCGGCUGAAAGCACAGACUGGCGAUGCGGAGACGAUUGCGGUCAUCAAACGCGAGCUGCAAGACCAGGUCCACCACAUUCGGUCACUGGAAGCGAAGACGUCAAAACAACACGCCGAGCUGACCCACCUCCGGCAAAUACACAAGGCGGUCGAGGUCGUCGAAGAAGAGAAGCGAUCACUUCAGCGGCGUCUGGAUGCUGCCCAAGCGCUAGAGGCGGAACUCUCCGAAGCACGCAUGCAACGGCAGCGGCUCGAAGACGAGCGCCUGGCCUGGACCGCGUACCUGCAAAAUGCAAGCACCAACGACGGGCUCAUGGAGCUUGACACGCCCGAAGCCGUCGCCCGCGCGCUGGUCGAAGAGCGGUACAACUCAGCCUCGCUGGUGGAGAAGCUUGGCCAGAUGCAGCCGCAGAUUGCCGAGCGUGACGAGAUGAUCAAGUCGCUCGAGGCUGACAAGCAGAGUCUCGGCGAGCAGAUCGAAAAGCUCAAAACAACCUCAUCAGCGCCGUCAUCCGUGAGCAGAGCGCUCGCGCGGGUGGAGCGCCAGAAGAACCUCGCCAACAAGGAGAUUGAGUACCUGCGGGCGCAGAUCAAAUCCUUUGAGGACGAGGACAUUACAUUCAACGAGGGUGACGCGGAGAAGAAGCAGGACCAGCGCCUGGCCGACCUACAGGCGCUGGUGGAGCAGUACAAGCGCGAGGUCGAGACGAUGCACAAGGACCUGUCACAGCUCGAAACAGCACCCCCGGCAUCAUCAGCUCCCAGCAACGGCCCAUUAUCUCUCGGCAGCAAGCGCCCGCACGACGACGGCGCAGAGAACAACAGUUCGCAACUCAGCGAACAGCUGGGCGAGCUGAACCGCAAGCGGCGCAAGCUCGCCGACGAGCUCGCCAAGCUGCAAAAGGAGCACCAGGUGCUCCUCAAGGAACACGAGGUGACCCGAUCGCGCCUCAAGGCCGCCGAGUCGGCAAGCAAGACGCGCAUCCUGUCGCUGCGGUCGAACCCGACGUCGGACUUCGAGGCGAUCAAGAUGUCCACCCUGGCGGCGCUCAAGCAGGAGAACAAGGAUCUGCUCGCGCAGCUGUCGACCGUGUCCCGCCGCAGCCAGGCGUCUUCCUCAUCAUCCAACAACGUCGCCGUCAUCCCCGCGAGCCAGCUGGCCGCCGCGCGGCGCGAGGUCGAGGAGGCCCAGCGCGAGACCGCGUCGGCCAAGAAGACCGCGCUCCGCCUCAAGGAGGUCUGGGGCAGCAAGUCCCAGGAGUUCAAGGAGGCCAUCUUCUCGACCCUCGGCUGGACCGUGACGUUCAUCCCCAACGGCAAGAUGCGCGUCGAAUCCCUGUUCUACCCGUCCACGAGCCCAGACGGGGAGCACGAGAACAGCAUCGUGUUUGAUGGCGAGCGCGGCACCAUGAAGGUCUCCGGAGGCCCGCAGAGCCCCUUUGCCCGCAAGAUUGCCGACCAGAUCCAGUUCUGGGUCCGCGAGAAGGGCUGCAUCCCCGGGUUCCUGGCGGCCCUGACGCUCGAGUUCUACGAGGAGCAGCAGCAGCAGCUCGCGCUUGAGGGUGGACAGCAGUGAGAGCGCACUGUAUACGAGGGCAAGCAGCGAAUAGUGUUUGUUUCAGGAGUUGACAACAACAAUCGCCCGCAGACCGGUCCCCCGGUCCGCUCUCGCGCCGCGUGGCCUGUGAUCUGUUUUGUUGCAUGUGCAUCUUUGUCGGAGUCCAGAUCUUCCUUGCAUGUCGGGCGCGCGCGCACAGCGCUUUACCUGAUUUUCUUUUUGGUCAGCAGCAGCGAUAUGUUACAUUACGGUGGUCAUGGAAAAGAAGUCGGUCCAAUAGAGAGAGGGGCGUCAUGGAGUCAAGCUAUUGUUUUGUAAAUGGUGUAGAUUACUUUUUUGUGGUUCUCGCAUGAAUCAUAUGCAUACCAUUCCUGCAAAGACAACGUUGUCAAAACACGGAUUAGGCCACUUCGAA